CGUUAUAAAGCUCGAGCCCAACAAUGAAGACAGCCUCUAAAUUCUGCAACUUUGCAAUUUUGAAGAGAGAGUGAGAAGAAGAAGAAGAGUGUGAAAGCAGAAAUGAGUCCGCUAAUGGAAGUCGCGAAUACAGCUGCAAAAGCUGCUUACAGAAGCCUUCUCAGAGCGGUGAGGAAACACGUUGGGGAAGAAGCCCACAAAUCUCAUUUCACGGAUUUCAUCAAACACGAAUUCAGAAAAAAUGCCAGCUCCCAAAAUCCCCAAAAUUUGAAGCUCGCGCAGGAUUACACCAUCUAUCUCAACAGCGUGCACCAUCAGAAGGAGUUGCUCUUCUCGUACAAUAUCGCAGUGGAUAGAUCUGCUGAGAUGAAAAAAGUACUGGGAAAAUCUGCUUCAAGUGUAGGUCUUCAGCUGCCUGAAGUUUAUGAGGCUUGAUAGAUGGUAAGGAUGUCACAGUUGUCUGAAUAUUUCAAAUUGUUAGAAUAAUCAUCCUUCACAAUCCCUGUUGAACAUAGCCGCAGAGAUUGAAAUUUUAGCUUUCUGAGCUGCAGGGAACCUAUUAGCCUUAUUCAUAACAGCGUUUAGUUACUUCUUGUCUACACACAAA